AUGAACAAAGCAGGCCUAAAAUUGAACUUGGAUAAGUGCAGUUUUGCAGUUAAAGAUUUUAAGUUUCUGGGAUUCAAAAUUUCUACAAAUGGUAUAUCUCCUGACCCAGAUAAGGUUCGGUCUAUUAAUGAACUUCCUCCACCCACAGACGUAACUGGAGUUCGUAGAUUUUUGGGAUGCGUUGGCUUCUUUCGGCGCCACAUUCCAAACUUUGCUACCAUUGCAGCUCCAUUAAGCUCUCUCACCAGAAAAGGCCAGCCAUUUAAAUGGAAUGCAGAACAUGAUGCAUCUUUUCGUCAGCUUCAACAUCUUUUAACACAGCAUCAGUAUUGCGAAGACUUGAUUUCUCUGCUCUUUCGAACUCCACACAGAUGCUUCAAGAGUGGGACCAAGUCUCCACGUAUGUCUCGCUGGUCCCAUGAGCUGAUGGAAUACUCCUACCGCAUUGUUUACAGAAAGGGAUCUAUUCACCACGUUCCUGAUCUUCUAAGCCGUGACAUUGCAUCUAUUGACCUUGCCAUAGCUGAACCAACUGCUCUUCGAGAGGCACAACUUAAAGACCCCGUGUGGCAUGAAGUUAUAAAAUUUCUGGAAGGUUCUGCACUGCCACAAAAACGUCUCCCAACAUUCUUAGAUGAGUUUGAACUUAAAGAUGGUGUGUUAUAUCAUCUAAAGGACAUACCACAAACUAAAAGAGCAUUACUAUUUCCAGAACAUGCUUUCAGCUACAAAGCAAUAUGUCAACGCCUGUCUUCCAUGUCAAAAGAGAAGAGGAGUGUAAAGCUAAAUGCUCCGCUUUCACAAAUACCUGUUGUCACUUCUCCUUUGGAUAGAAUUAGUGCAGAUCUGAUGGAUCUCCACAGCUCAUAUAAUGGAAACCGCUAUCUUCUCUCCAUAAUAGACCACAUGAGCAGGUAUUUGCAACUUAUUCCUCUUCCAAAUAAGAGUGCCCAGACAAUAGCUGAUGCCUUUGUGGAACAUUAUUUCACACUAUUUGGAGUUCCUAGAAUGUUAACUACAGACAGUGGUUCAGAAUUCAAGAACAAAUUAUUUUCUGAAGUCUGUGACAUUUUAAGCAUUAAAAUGCAUUAUACAACGCCUUUUUAUCCUCAGGCGAACGGCUUGGUCGAAAGAAGCAAUAGAUGCGUAAAAGAUGCUAUAGCUACUCUCUGUGAUGAUGCCCCCUUGUCAUGGGAUGAAUAUGUACCCCAAGUGCGGUAUGCUCUUAACACGGCUUUUCACAGAGCGAUUAAUAAUCAACCUUUGUUCCUGUUUAUGGGUCAUUCAUGCUCUUAUCCAAUUGGGCUCACCAACCGUGUUACCAUGAAUGAAGAUGAUACAAGUACCGAUCAUCUUCUCAGACUUCUCAAGGCUCGAGAAGUAGCAGCUGAAACUUCUUGCAAAACACGAGAAGAAAAUGCUAAAUACUACAAUCGAAAGUUCGUGAACGGAAAAUUAAUGUCGGAUCUCUCGUUAUGCGACGGUCUCAUGAUCAAGUUCAAGGUGUUAGUCGUGCUCUGCACCCUAGGUGGUUGGGUCCGUGUAGAGUGA